GCUAGUUAUUACACAAAUAUAAGAAUGCACUUUGCAAUACCAGAAUCUUAUGAGCUUAGAAUUUUAAUUCUAGUAAUAAAGAGGAAUAAUGUGUGAGCCCCUAAUAAAUCUAUUUUACAAAACGGUCCUAAAUGAAAGGUUCCAAAAUCUAGCAAGUGCUUGUUUCCGAGCUCAAUAUUCAUUAUUCAGGAGCAAAGAAAUAUGCGCAACGUGUGCAUUGGCGCAGGCGCCGGAACAUUCGCAGGAGGUGAUGCAUGUCUUUGUUAUGGAUUCGUCUUAAUCGUAUAUAUUAGUGACCUUUCCCUCCUCAAAAUAUGGCCAUACACUCCCAAACACAACAGAAAAUGGAGCGCCUACCCAUUUACUGUUGUGAUGAGCCACUCGCGCCCCACAACUUCCUCGAAUACAACUCCAAUUCCGGGGAGAAAGUGGAUAGCGACUUCCGGCGGUUCUUCCAGUAUUGCAAACAAAGAAGGGACUUGGAGAGGAUUGAGGACAUGAGGCCACUGGAAGCGAUGAUGCGCAGUUUCGACUUUGUUGAGAAAAAUCACAUCUUUCGCGUAGCCGUCUACACGGACAGUUCUGUCAAAGCAUGGACACGGCCUGGAGGUAGAAGAGGGGAGGUAGAUUUCAGUGACGCGCAAGCUCUCACAGUUGGCAGCGAUACCAGGACUGAAACUGAAGCUACAACCAACCAAGCCACAAGCACCAAAGCUACAAGCAUCGAAGGCACAAGCAACGAACCUUCAAACAACGAACCUUCAAAUAACGAAGCUGCGAGCAACACCGAGACAGAUUAUCCAUGGACACCGGAGAAAUGGCGUGAGGAUGAGUUUGAUGCGAGUGGCAGCGCUGGUGGGGAUGUGGGAGACGACGAGCCAGCGGACGAGCACCAAGUGUCGAUCAGGGACUUCCUAUACACCCAAGGAGUGGGCCCGCAGCAACACGAAUAUCAAGAAAUCCCGGCGACAGCAAUCCGCUCUUAUGACCCCCGUGGUUUCAUCAAGUGGGACGACCGGAGACAUCGAACUUGCUGUCCCAAGCACCGUCUUCGGUUUGAACUUUCAUGGAUGGGAGCGGCUUCAAAUGGCCAUUCAGGCAUGAGGGAUAUUGCCAGAUGGGAGACCAGAAAGGAGGGAACGCAUUACAUUGAGUCUCGCGCUGCGUCACCGAUUGGACCUCGUGCAUCAGAAGAGAUUGUCAAUGCCUCUGGACCUCCGGAACAACAAGAUAAUUUGGAUGUUUCCGAGCCAACCAGACUUCGAAGAAUUCAGAUUGCUGUCCGCGAGACAGGGAUGAAAGUGAAGAAAAUUUGGAAGAAGGCAACUGGGCUUGCCAAGGGAAAGAGAAACACGAAGACAAAAGAAGACGACGACGUAAUCGGACAGGGCCACGAAGGGUUGACAAACGACAUCGAUCAAGAUCAGCUCAUUGACAACAGCUCGGAAUCAACAACCAGCGCCGAGGUCAGAAUGCAAGCUCAAAUCACAGCCUGCGUAAAGGGCGAAGAGGCCUUAAUCCCACCAAAUGCCACCACCGCUCAAUACUACUCUUGGGACGAUCUCUCCUGGAAGGAGCUGCGGUCUGGCAAACGGCAUUGGCGCUCAAGUGGACCAACUCCAUGGUUCUCACAAUAUUACGAUGUCAAAUUCAAGUGGUAAAAGCCGGAGCUGUGGUCUCCAAAUGGACACAUGGAUCGUCACAUAUGGGGCUGAGACAACAGCUGGAGUGGAGGGAGUAGAGUAUGGGUGGUUUGAUCAUGUUGCAUUUCUCAGCGGGGUGGUUGAGAUGAGACUUUGGGACUGGAAGAUGACAUUGCAUUGACAGGUGUUUGGGUGCGCCACUGCAGAAUGGACGAGCACAUGAUGGCGCAAAAUGAUGGGAAUUGGGCAUAUGAAAUGGGGCAAAAUAGCCUUGAGACUUUGGGACUGCGGCGUUUUGUUUUGAUGGUGGCUUUUAUGAUGAAUUUGAUGAUGAAUUUGAUGACUUUGUGCACUCGGAACUCUCCGUUUUUUCGCCUUGAACUCUCUCGCAACCGUAAAAGUCAACAGCACGCCUCAUCC